UGCCUGUGCUAUAGGGGAAUCACACGCACACACGGGAGCACACGACUCACAUUGCACGUAUUUGCACAUCAUGCAACACAGAUGCAUGGUUUCUGCACGAGUCGUGCUUCCACUGCUCGCGUUUGUGUGCAGCGCUCUUCCCCACGCGGACGUGACGUCACGGUUUCCUGCUGGCGGUGUAGGGAGGAGGAGGCGAGCAGGCAGUCAGAGAGACUGGAGGACUCGGGAAACUGUGUCGAAAAUGACAGCACAGGAAUAGAUCUCAGUAGCCAUGGAACCUGAGGCAAACUCUUACCGCGUGGAAUUCCCUGAUUUCUCCUGUUCCGUUCUGCAGAAGCUCAACCAACAGCGACAGCUGGGCCAGCUUUGUGACAUCACCGUGGUGAUACAGGGCCACCGCUUCAGAGCUCACAAAGCUGUCCUGGCCGCCAGCUCUCCUUACUUCUGCGACCAGGUGCUCCUGAAGAACAGCAUGCGGGUCGUUCUGCCGGACGUCAUGCACCCCGACGUGUUCCAGAGCAUCCUGCAGUCCUGCUACACGGGGAAGCUGCUGCUGCCAGCUUCGGAAAUCGUGGGCUUCUUGACGGCAGCAAGCUUCCUCCAGAUGUGGCACGUGGUGGACAAGUGCACCGAGCUCCUGGAAGGGAACCCGGCAGCCUUCUGCCACAAAUCGUGCCACAGCAGCCACCACCGGUCUCCAAGCAGCAGCAGCAGCUUUAACAGUGCCGGCGAUGGGUUUGACCCGGCCCCAGGGGUGCCAGCAGAACUCUGCAAAACCCCUGCAGCACGCUGUAGAGACAGGGAUCAUCAUAAAGAGGACAGCUUCUCGCCCCAGAUAAACGAGCGGCACCAUCCCCAGAGCGUCUCUCCCACAGAGCAGGACCGGUUCAGCACAGAGAUGGGCAGUCAGGAUGGGGAGGAUGGGGCGAGCGACGGGGUGGAGUACCAGUGCUCCAGGCCGCUCUAUAUCCAGCCCAGCAUAAUGUAUCACAAGCGGUGGAUCCAGGUGAAGGCGGAACGGUUCACACAGGAGGACAGCGACGCCCUGGCAGCUACGCCCAUGACCGAAGAGCCUCAAGCGUCGGACUCCGAGCUCACGAAUCAAGCCGAAUACCGGCCCUCAAACACUGACAGCUUUAAUAUCGAAGCUGGUAAGGCAGCGGAAAACUUUGACAAGAGCCAGGAGGGCAGACAAACCUACGAUGAGCAGCUGGACUUCUAUGGGGCGUCCAUGGAGGAGUUCUCCAAAGACAGGGUUGAGGAAACCCUCAGCGGUCCCGGAGAGGACUCCUUGAAGGUGCAAGGGAGCGAGGAAAGCGCGGAACUGCCCUCCGGGAUCCAGGAGGAGACCUCUCAUUCCGGCUUCACAGCCGUGGUUUAUAAGCUGUAUCCCUGCCAGUGUGGCAAAAGCUUCACACACAAAAGUCAGCGGGACAGGCACAUGAGCAUGCACUUGGGGCUCCGGCCUUACGGCUGCGCGGUCUGUGGGAAAAAGUUUAAAAUGAAACACCACCUUGUGGGUCACAUGAAAAUACACACGGGGAUCAAACCCUACGAGUGCCACAUCUGUGGGAAGAGGUUCAUGUGGAGGGACAGUUUUCACCGGCAUGUGUCGUCCUGCACCAAGGCUUACCAGGCGAAGAAAGCAGAGCAGACAGCAGACAUCUUAAAAAUUAAAAAAAUAAAGCAAGAAAUGGACAACAGCAGCAGCUACAUAGAAUUUGACGUGCCAGAGUACAGCAACACUGUCCUGAGGCAGCUCAAUGAACUGCGCCUGCAAGGGAAGCUGUGUGACAUCAUUGUCCACAUCCAGGGGCAGCCGUUCAGGGCCCACAAAGCUGUCCUGGCGGCCAGCUCCCCCUACUUCCGGGAUCACUCUUCCCUGAGCACCAUGAGCGGGCUGUCCAUCUCGGUCAUCAAGAACCCUGAUGUGUUUGAGCAGCUGCUCUCCUUCUGCUACACCGGGCGGAUGUCUUUGCAUCUGAAGGACGUCAUCAGCUUCCUGACGGCGGCCAGCUUCCUGCAGAUGCAGGCUGUCAUCGACAAGUGCACCCAGAUCCUGGAGGGCAUCCACUCGAAGAUCAGCCUCCCUGGUGGGGGAGGAGAGGGAGACGCCACCAUGUGCAGCAAGGAGAGCCCGCAAGGCAUCCGCAACGGGGUCAAAGACCGCAACCUCUUCAUCAACCCCAUUGAGAUCUCUCCGCCUUACUUCUCCCGGCAGGCCAACGUGUCCUCCAGCGACUCCUCCAAGCUGGACUCCAUGUCGGGGAAGAGCCUGAGGCUCCGGCUGCAGGAGGAAGGGCAGUCGGACCGGGGGAGCAGCGGGAGCGUCUCGGAGCAAGAGACCCCAAUGGAGGGAGACCACGAGCAGGUGGAGCUGAUCGGCCGGGAUGGGCAGGUGACGGAUAUCAAGGUGAAAAUGGAGAAGUCGGACCGGCCCAGCUGCUCGGACAGCUCUUCGGCGGGAGAUGACGGCUACCACACGGAAAUGGUAGAUGGCGAGCAGGUGCUGGCGGUCAGUGUGGGCUCUCACGGGCCCGUCCUGCAGCACUCCACUUAUACGUACCCGCAGACGGCCUCCCAGCCUUCUUCCUUCCUGAGCCUCAGCAACUCCAGCCCCUCGCGCUCCAUGCUUAGCGGGUUCCGAGGAGGGGGACGGGCACAUCCCAAACGGGCCGUCACGGUGCCGGUGGAGGCGCCCAGCGGGAUUAGCGCAGCAGCAGCUGAGGACGGGGAGGCGGUACUGGGCAGCCCCGGGUUCGAGAACGACAUCCGGGAGAGGAGUAUGAGGGGCCAGUGGUAUCCCUACAAUGAACGUCUCAUCUGCAUCUACUGCGGGAAGUCCUUCAAUCAGAAGGGGAGCCUGGACCGCCACAUGCGGCUGCACAUGGGCAUCACCCCCUUUGUGUGCAAAUUCUGCGGCAAGAAGUACACGCGCAAGGACCAGCUGGAGUAUCACAUCCGGGGCCACACGGACAACAAACCUUUCCACUGUGAAAUCUGUGGCAAGUGCUUCCCCUUCCAGGGCACCCUCAACCAGCACCUGCGAAAAAAGCACAUGGGCGGGGCCGAGGUGCGCAACCACAUGGAGUCCCCCGAGCCAACAGAGGGGGCUGGCGAGCAGAAAGAAGAGGAGGAGCCCCCAGCCUCCGAAAGCAGCGUGGAAUACAGUGCCCACUUUGGCGAGGAGGCUCCAGUCAAUGACGACAACGAUGACGAUGGCAUGAAAAGCAGCCCUGACGAAGCUCAGGCAUCAAGAUGUGAUUUUUAGUGUUUAAAUUUUUUUUGUAUGUAUUAUUAUUGUUUUGUUAUGUUUGGAUGUCGUUUUACAGUUUCUCCAUUUCAUACCGUUUCGUAAGUCAAUGCAAAAAAAAUGUGUUUUAGAAACGACGCACAACUGCAAAAAAAAAAAAAAAAAGGUUAUGCAUCUGGUUUCUAAGUGGCGGCACGCUUGUUCGCACGCUAUGUAAA